AUGCCGCUGUAUCCAAGGUCGUCGGUCAAGAAGAUCAUCAAGGCUCAUGCGGGGCCGAAGUACAGUAUCUCUAAGAACGCCGACGUGAUGAUCUUCUUGGAUUAUAUGUUGUUCCAGCAAGCAUUGAUGAAAGAGGCUUCGCUUAUUGCUCGUGAGGAGGGUGAGAAGACGGUGAGGGGGAGGCAUGUGCAGAUAGCCAUGGAGAAAACCUUGAAGCGAUUUAAAGGAUGA